AUGCCAUUGACACCAUCUAGACACGAUGAAGAAAGUGACGCGACAUCAAUAUCGGAUAAUUCCAUAAUUAGAUCUACUAUUACCAAACGUAAUUGUGCUAUCGAUCAAGCUAAAGAAGAUGUUGACAUUGUUAUCACAGAUGUUCUCGGUCCAAAUACAAAUUGUGAUGAUAACUCUGAUGCGAUGUCCGUAUCCACGGUCAUAUCAAGUAGUCACAGUUUUAGAGAAGCGCAUUGUUAUCAUAAUAAUUCAACUACUAGCAUCCCUUCUUCUAACGGAGCAAUUAUAGAACGGAGACAGGACAAUGAUCCGUAUUUGCAUGAGCAUCUUUAUGACUUCAAUUGCACACUCUCACCAGAAGCUAGACAGAUGAAUCCUCUAUACAACUUUAAUCAUCUGUCACCACAAGGAACAAUGCGAACUGACGGCGCUUAUUACGACUUUAAUCAUCAGAUUCCGCAAGUUAAUAAUCCACCUUUAUCAGA